AGGACCCAAAUAAGGAGAUGGAGUGGUGAAGAUUCCUCUAGUGAGUCUGUUCCAGCUCAUUCCUUAGAAAGGCUGUGUAUGGAACACCAGAGAAGAGGCCAAUAGAUCUGGGUUUUGUCCAGGGGCUCUGGGUUUAAAGCUCUCUAAAACCACUUGUAGCUCAUUUUCCCUGUGACUUGCCUGGGUACAACUUCAUUCUCUGUCCUGCAGAGACAAGCUGUUAAAAACCUAAAAUUUUACUCAUCAGAUUCUUUUAGCUGCGUGACAGAUCCCUGAGCCUGUCCUUGAGCAAAAAUGGAAGCUAUCAAGAAAAAGAUGCAGAUGUUGAAGUUAGACAAGGAGAAUGCCAUUGACAGAGCAGAGCAGGCUGAGACGGAUAAGAAGGCAGCUGAGGACAAAUGCAAGCAGGUGGAGGAUGAGCUGGUAGCUCUGCAGAAGAAGUUGAAAGGAACUGAAGAUGAGCUGGAUAAAUACUCAGAGGCUCUCAAAGAUGCCCAGGAAAAACUGGAGCAGGCUGAGAAGAAGGCCACUGAUGCUGAAGGUGAGGUGGCAGCUCUGAACAGACGCAUCCAGCUCGUGGAAGAGGAGCUGGAUCGUGCCCAGGAACGACUGGCCACAGCCCUGCAGAAACUGGAGGAGGCUGAGAAAGCAGCAGAUGAGAGCGAGAGAGGAAUGAAGGUUAUUGAGAACAGAGCCAUGAAAGAUGAAGAGAAAAUGGAAAUUCAGGAAAUGCAGUUGAAGGAGGCCAAGCACAUUGCUGAAGAAGCCGACCGCAAGUAUGAGGAGGUUGCCCGUAAACUGGUUAUUUUGGAGGGUGAACUGGAAAGAGCUGAGGAGCGUGCAGAGGUGUCUGAAGUUAAAUGUAGUGACCUUGAAGAGGAGUUAAAGAAUGUCACAAACAACCUGAAAUCAUUGGAAGCUCAAUCUGAAAAGUAUUCGGAAAAAGAAGAUAAAUAUGAAGAAGAAAUCAAGAUUCUCUCUGACAAGCUGAAAGAAGCUGAAACUCGUGCAGAAUUUGCUGAGAGAACUGUUGCCAAACUGGAAAAGUCUAUUGAUGAUCUGGAAGAUGAGCUCUACGCUCAGAAGCUGAAGUACAAAGCCAUCAGUGAGGAGCUUGACCAUGCCCUGAACGACAUGACUUCUUUGUGACCUGCCCUUGUGUGGGGACACAGGGGGCUCUCACUGUGUUUUCUCGAGCUUUUCUUGCCUGCAAUCCCUGUCACUCCUGUGCCACUUCCACAAGCAACCCUUCCACCUCUGUGGGAACUCAGUUCAAUAAAACAUGAUACCUCUACCUUUCAUCCUUCGGGGUUCACUUCUGUAUAAAUCACCUCAAAUACACCGGUGAUCACACUGAGACACAUUCAGCUCCUCAUGUGGGGUUGGGCAAAACACAGCCAGGAUGGGGCAGGACCUGGCUCUGGCAAACACUCCAAUUCUAGUGUUCCCAGGGAUGUGGGUGUCAGCAAAAAGCUUUAUGUGGGCUCAGUGUCUACUUGUGCUCCACCAGCCUGCUUAAAAACCUCUGAAAGUCCAAGGAAAACCCAGCAGGAUAUGUCCUAUAAAUGACACAUUAAAACACAGGUCUUUUCACAUCUCAUGGGACGUGUCCAAAAACCUCCCUUAAGGACAGAAAUUACAAAAAACUGGCCCCAUUUUGAUGAUAUAGCUAUAAAGGUGUCUUAACUAUGAAGGUAAGUUACCCCAAGUUUUAUUUAAAGAGGAAAGGCUGUAGAAUAAUGUGAUUUAAAUCUUGUGGUUUACUUCUUUCUCUCCAGAAAAACUUGCUCAAGCCAAGGAGGAGAACUUGGGCUUGCACCAGACACUGGACCAGACGCUAAAUGAACUGAACUGUAUAUGAGAGGCGCAGAGCUGACAGCAGCCAACAGGACGCAGCCCUGUCCCUGCAUCGCCCCUCUCUCCUUUCUCUCUCAGUGUCCUGGAAAAGCCGAUUAAGUUAUGAGCAGCGCAGCCGCACGAUGGGCCCUGGGCAGCCCCCGGAGCGCUGCCCUGCCCUGCCGGGGCCGCUGCACGGCCGUGCCUGCCUGCUCCUCACGGUUCCUUAGUCCUUGCAUAUAACCCCCAGUAGAAGCUGCACCCGAGCUGCGGCGCCGCCCCCGCGGGCACCUGUCCCUGCCGUUUCAUAUUAAACAAUUUCUCACAG